AUGACCCCUCGCACAACCCUCCUAUCCCCAAUCCAAACCUUUCUCCAAGCCCUAACAACACCCCCAACAUCUCCAACAUACAUAUCCACCCUCCUAUCAGCAUUCACCAUCCAACCAACGCCCCUAAUCCACGAACACGGUCUCCCCCAGCUAGCCCCCUUCCUCGGCCGCUCCUUCACCGGCACAGACGGUAUCGCCCGGUACUUCGAGUUACUGGCCGAAUACCUCUCCAUCAGCGAUAUGAGCUUCGAGAACGAGGAGGCGUGGUUGGUGGAUGAUGAUUGUAUGGCUGUUGUGUUAAGGGGACGGGCGAGGUUUACCUGGAAGGGGAAGACCGCAGACGGUGUUACGGGGGGUGGGGGGCAGGGGUGGGAUGAAACAUUUAUUUAUCGAAUUGCUCUCGCGGAAGAAACUGGUGCUGAUGUAGGUGAAGCUGUUGAUAUGGCAAGGACGGGUGUGAGUACCACGCCUACUACCACUCCUGAGGGUAAACCAGGAAAGAAAGCCGUGGCGGGGAGGGGACAAGUGAAAGUAUGCGAGUAUCGUGUUUGGGCAGAUACGGGGGCCGCCUAUUUAGCGAGGAUGGGUCGGUUGGGAGAUUUAUUGGGGGAGAAGGGCGGAGUGGAGGGUAUUUAUUUUAGGGAUGGAGAUGGGGAGGGGGAUCCGGAGAUGGAGGAGAGGAAGAUGGAGGGGAGGGAGACGAGGGGGAGUUUGAAUCGGAAGAGGAGUGGGAGUCAGGAUGUGCUUGGGGCGGGGUUGAGUGUUUAUGGGAGUUGUGGGUGA